AUGCAGUCUUACUUGGUUGUCUCGACGGAUCCGGUCUCGGUACUAUCUGCUUCAAUCGCUGGACUCACCGGUAGCUUCAAAACCUUGCACAUCUUCGAUGAAAUCAAAGGGAUCGGGGUGCAUAUCGACGAUGCUUGGGUACCAGCCCUCCAAAAUCUUCCCGGGGUGGUGGCUGUGAUCCAAGACAGGCUUUGCAAGGUCCACACGACGCAUUCCUGGGGGUUCCUCGGGCUCGAGACAUAUGAUGGAAAGGCGACCGACGGGUGGAAGAACGCUGCCAAGUUCGGUGAGGGGGUCGUCAUUGGGAACGUCGACACGGGUGUGUCGCCAACCUCUGAAAGUUUCCGGGACGACGGCUUGUCCGCCCCGUGGUGGUGGCGAGGCAGAUGUGACGCUGGCAAAGACACGACCUUCAGCUGCAACAAGAAAUUGAUCGGCGCGCGGUUCUUCAGCGCGGGCAUCCAGGAGGAGAACUUCAUCAACGGAGGGCCGCCGCUGGACAAGACGGACCUGAACUCCCCGCGGGACUAUGAUGGCCACGGCUCGCACACACUGUCCACGGUGGGCGGCGGCUUCGUCGCAGGCGCCAGCGCCUUCGGGCACGGGAGUGGCACCGCCAAGGGCGGCUCGCCGCGGGCACGCGUGGCCUCUUACAAGGCGUGCUACGCGCCGGGAUGCUCCAGCCUGGACAUCCUCGCGGCCAUAUUCGCGGCGGUCGCGGACGGCGUGCACGUGCUGUCGCUCUCCCUCGGCGGCCCGGCCGAGGACUACGCGGCGGACCUCAUGGCUCUGGGCACGUUAUACGCAGUAAACAAUGGGGUCACAAUCGUCUGCUCCGCCGGCAACUCAGGCCCGCAGCCAGGCUCGGUGUCCAACCUGGCUCCCUGGAUGCUUACGGUCGCUGCGAGCACCAUGGACAGAGACUUUCCAGCUUAUGUCACCUUCGGCAACAGCACCAUCGAGGGACGAAGUCUAUCGGAAGGCACUCAGCCUGCCCGGCAGAUGAUCAGCGGGGACAAGGCCAAUGCUGCAAACCAAGCUGCCGAGAACUCGACGUUGUGCUUGGCCGGCACACUGGACCCUGCUAAGGUGAGCGGCAAGAUAGUUGUGUGCACAAGAGGAGUGAACGGCAGAGUGGAGAAGGGGUUGGUGGUGAAGCAGGCCGGUGGCGUCGGCAUGGUCCUCUGCAACGAUGCCAGCACCGGGGAUGAAACCAUUGCCGACCCGCAUUUCAUUGCAGCGGUCCAUUGCUCCUACUCCCAGUGCAUUGAUCUCUUCAAGUACCUCCAGUCUACAGAAUCUCCGGUCGGUUACAUCACAGCGGUGGACGCAGAGCUUGGUGUGAAGCCGGCGCCGGUGAUUGCGUACUUCUCAUCCCGUGGGCCAAACACUAUCACUCCUCAGAUCCUCAAGCCUGACAUCACGGCGCCGGGCGUCAACGUGAUUGCUGCCUACAGCGAGGAGGUUCCGGCCACUGACCUGUCUUUCGAAGACCGUCGAGUCUCCUACAACAUGAUCUCCGGCACCUCCAUGUCGUGCCCGCAUGUCGCGGGCGUCGCCGGUCUGAUCAAGGCGAAGUACCCAGGCUGGAGCCCCGCGAUGAUCAAGUCAGCCAUCAUGACCACCGCAUCCACCAUAGCCGACGACUACGGCCAAAUCCGGGAUGAGGCGGGCGGGGCCGCCACGCCGUUCAGCUACGGCUCGGGCCACCUGAACCCCGUUCCGGCACUGGACCCUGGCCUGGUUUACGACACCACGCCGUUCGACUAUGCCAACUUCCUCUGCUCCCUCAAGCCCACCCAGACGCAGAGCUUCAACCUGCUACCCGUCUCGCUCCCAUUCCUGCUCCCUCUUUUCAUACACUUCAAUUCCAACCCGUUCAAGUGCAGUACGGGCGCUCCAUUCCGCCCCGAGAACCUCAACUAUCCGUCCAUCUCCGCAACUUGUAUCUCCGGCAGCACCACGGUGAGACGCCGGGUGAUGAACGUGGGAACAGAGUCCAGCACUUACACCGUGAGCGUCGUGCAGCCAGCUGUGGGGGUCAAGAUCACGGUGCAGCCCAGCACGCUGAGCUUCGGUAGGGUCUACGAGGAGAGGAGUUUCACGGUGAAGCUUGAGGUCUACGACCCUGCCAUGGCCGCCGACUAUGUGUUCGGCAGCAUUGAGUGGUCGGACGGGGACGGCAACCAUCGUGUCCGCAGCCCCGUCACCGCCACGACCAAGUGUAGCUAG